CCAGCCAAGUAGCACCCAAGGCAAGAUGCAAUGUGCUUUUAAUGGAACUCUUCUGAUCCGCGUGCUUCCUCCACUGUUGGUGACGGAGUUUGUCUUGGGAAUCCUCGGCAAUGGCUUGGCUCUCUGGAUCUUCUGCUUCCACCUUAAGCCCUGGAAGAGCAGCACGGUGCUACUCUUCAACCUGGCAAUGGCUGAUUUUCUGCUCAACAUGGCUUUGCCCUUCCGUGCCAGCUACUACAACUCCGGGCUCGAAUGGAUGUUUGGAAACACUUUCUGCAACAUCUGCCUCUUCAUGCUGGCAAUGAACCGCAGUGGAAAUACCUUCUUUUUGAUGGCUAUUGCUGUGGACAGGUACAUGCGUGUGGUGCAUCCCCAUCAUCCCAUCAACUCUUUGAGUGUCCCUAAAGCCAUGUUGGGAGCUCUUGCAAUAUGGUUAGUCACCAUUUCACUGACUGCUCAUAUCUUCAUUUUAAAACAUGACAACGAGACCUACUGUGAAAGCUUCAUGAUUGAGAUUGAGCCCACACAAAAUCUGACUUGGCAUAAGUUUGUGUUUCUCUUUUCCUUCUACCUGCCUCUGGCUGUGAUUCUCUACUGCACAGUCCACAUUAUUAGCCACCUGAGAGGGAGACAGCUGGCCCAGCAUACAAAGAUCAAGAAAGCUCUGUGCUUCAUCACAGUAGUGGUGGUGCUCUUCAUUAUUUGCUUCCUCCCGAGCAACAUCACGCAGCUGAUGAUUAUGAUCAAGACCAGCACCUUCAAGUCCGGUGAAGUCUGUUCUGCCUUGGAGGACCUGACCACCGCAUUCUACAUCACCAUCAGCCUGACUUAUCUCAACAGCGUGUUGGAUCCUGUUGUCUACUACUUCUCCAGCCCUGCCUUCAAAAACAUCUGCCGCAAAGCUCUUCAUCUGCCCCAAACAGAGAACGCUGAAAGUACAGAGAAGAAAACUCGAGAAACAGGCUCUCAGUCUCUCAGCCAGCUGUGAUCAAGUCCAAAAUCAAGGAAACAGUUAUGAGGUGCAACUCCAAAGCUAAGGUUUUGAUUAGAGGCGACACAUUUCUCCUUAAGCUGUCAUGUGAGUGGUAUAGCCAAAAAGAUGCUUUUUUUUUUUUUUUUUUUUUUUUUUUACAUAUCUUAUAGUUAUCAAGUAUAUACAGUAUUAACUGCACUUUUAAAAAAUAAAAUAUGAAUUGCCUUUGCAAAACAUAUGCUUGCAUAAAGUUGUGAAGUGAGACUUCUAGAAAGUACUUCGUAGCAAAGUGAAUUAUGGAAUAGUUAUAAAUUGUGGGACAUGGUGUAAUAAUAGCAAAAGUAGAUAAGGGUCAUAAAGUAAGCUGACUGACUUAGUCAUGCCUGUCAUGGAGCAGUAUCUAGCAACAUUAACUCAGAUUUAACUACCACAAGCUUCUGGUCAUGCCAGACAAAAUAAGACGGGCAGCAAAGCUCCUGAAUGUACUCAACUUGAACUUAAACUUAACGUCUUAAGUUCAGUAAGUGGAAAAAAAGGUCUGUCUGUCUGAAACUACAUAAUCCUGCUUGAAAAAGUUUUAUAUUUUCAUAUCUCUAUGUACCGAUUGCACAUUUCUAAAUAUUUCUUUUGCAAAAUAUAUGCUACUGUAAAGGUAUGCAAGCUUAUGCACUAUGUUAUCAUUUCGUCAAACUUGUACAAGAACUGAACAACCACCUCAGCUUUCUAAACUUACAUAGUUUUGUUACUGUGAUAUUGAAAUUCACUUAAUUAUCAUAUUUUUUUUCCAUACCUCAUUUGAAUAAAAUAAAAUCUUGUCAUUAAGAGAAACUCAUACCAUAAUUAUUGAAAAACAUAAUUGCUGCAUUGUCAAGCACAUUGUCAGAUCAGGUGAUCUCUGGCUGUAAUGGUACCAAAUUAAAUGAAUGAGGUAUAAAUCUCAAAUUUCAAUGUACUCCCUCAUGGAAUAAGUAAUAAAGAUUUUUAUUCUCAUCAUAGCAAUGUGACAUGUUUUUCUGGGUUAUUUAAUUAAAAAAAAUACACAGAAGUCGCUACCAGAAUUUAGAACCAUAAACCAAAUAAAACAAGGAUUCAUAUUUAAAAUUCUUGCAUUCUACUAUCACUUUAACACAGUAUACCACAAGCAGUAAAAUCUGCAGUUAAAGGGUUUGCAGGUUUUCUUGCAUAUCCAAUUUAAAAAAACAAAAAAAAACAACUUUUUAUUUUAAUUUUAAACAGUUCAUAGUUUUUUUCCAUG